UUGAUGCUGUUUUCGGUGUAACGGUUUUAUGUAGCCGUCCGUGCAGUAUAGCUUUUUGAAACUCAAUUUUUCUGAUUUAAAACUCGUUAUUUCCGUCCCCAUUUCGACCUGAUUUGAUGAGAAAUUUGUACCUUAUCCUGACCAAAUACCACUGCUUCGAGAAUGAAGACGAUGCGCCAGAAAACGCCUAUAAAGGUGCACCAGCGGCCAACCCCGCUGAGCAGCGCCGUGCAAAGUCGUGGAAAUUCUGGCAGCAACUUGCCAAGCGAUCCGGUUCAUGUGUACUGCCGCGUCCGACCGUUGCCAUGCGAAUCCGAUCUGUCCUGCCUGCGGGUGGCCGCUCAAAAUACGGUCGUAUUGACGCCACCGGAAAUCGCAAUUAACUACAAGAUAUCCAAUCUCAAGGAAACGCAGUACAUUUUUAAACGGGUUUUCGAAUCGGGUUCAUCGCAGCAUGAAGUUUACUCGACGGUGGCCCAACCGCUGGUCGAAGCGCUGGUGCGUGGCAAGAAUGGACUGCUGUUUACUUACGGAGUAACCGGAAGUGGCAAAACUUACACCAUGACGGGAGAUUUGCAGCAUCGGGGAGUUAUGCCUCGGUGCCUGGAUGCGCUUUUUCGUACAAUUGCCGACUAUCAGGCACGAAAAUUCAUUUUCAAACCAGAUCGGCUUAACGGAUUCGACAUCCUAUCGGAGGCAGACGCGAUGCUGGAACGUCAGCAGGAACUACAUUCGAAGCUGAAUCGGAUAAAGCGAAAAGAGCCAUUGGAUCCGGAAGUUGCAUCGAAAGCCUCGGUGGAACCGUCGGAACUGAGCGGUGUUGAAGAGGACAACAUCUAUUCCGUGUUUAUAACGUAUGUGGAAGUUUACAACAAUUGCGUUUACGAUCUACUGGAGGAGACCACGAUUCAAAAAACGAUGCAAAGCAAAAUGAUCCGAGAGGAUGCCAGCCACAACAUGUUCGUGCACGGAGUGACCGAGAUCGAGGUCAAGACGAUGGAGGAAGCCCUGGAGGUGUUCCAGAUCGGUCAGAAACGGAAACGGGUCGGUCACACGAUUUUGAAUGCCGAAUCGAGUCGUUCACAUUCGGUGUUCACCGUUCGGCUAGUUCAGGCACCGGUUGAUCAGAAGGGCGAACAUGUGGUCCAGGAUCGGAACGCCAUCACGGUCAGCCAGCUUUCGCUAGUCGAUCUGGCUGGUAGCGAGCGUACGAAUCGAACUGGGAAUACCGGGCAACGGUUGAGGGAAGCGGGUAAUAUUAACAAUAGUCUGAUGACUUUGCGAACCUGUAUGGAGAUUUUGAGGGAGAACCAAAUGACGGGCAGUACUAAAAAGGUUCCAUAUCGCGAAUCGAAAAUCACUCAUCUAUUUAAGAAUUAUUUUGACGGGGAAGGGCAGGUACGGAUGAUAGUUUGUGUCAAUCCACGAGCUGAGGAUUACGACGAAACGGCUCAGGUUAUGAAGUUUGCCGAAAUGACUCAAGAUGUGCAAAUUGCAAGACCCACUCCAGUAAAAAUUGAUGUCGGUUUGACCCCUGGACGUCGUAAGGCCAAUCAGUUGUUCAAAAUGGCUGUAAACGACAUAGAAAAACGUCACCAAGGCACCGCCAAUAAACUGGAGAUCGAUCUAGGAUUGGUGUACAGUUUGGGACCAAGUUUCCCGGAUAUGAAAAUGUACAGCCCGGAAUCGCAACUUCUGCUGCAAGAAUUGAUCAAGGUGCUCGAAAUGCGUGUUUCAAAAAGAAAAUCUCUAUGUGAAGAUUUCGAUACACGUCAAGAUCGUUUUCGAAUGAACUUGCUCAAGUUGGAAAAGGAAAAUAUUUCGCUCAAAUCGGAAAAUACUUCGAUUAAAGGCGUUUUGGGGCAAAGCCGACAAAAAAUCAAAGCCAUGGAGAACAAGAUCGUUAUCUACGAAAGUUCGAUCGACGAUUUGAACAGACGUAAUAGGAUUCUCGAGGAACGGGUUCGCGAAUUACAAACUCAAUUGAACCAGAAAACACAGCAACUGAACCAGAAGGAAAUUGAAAAAGAACGCCAGAGGAAGAAGUUUACUUCUAAAAUUGCUGUCGAAUCAGAAAAAAUGAGCCGGGAGCUGGAACUGAAACUCCAGGAACAGAAGAGCAAGCUGAAGGAAGAGAUGCGCGACAAAGAGGAAAGACUCCGAAUGGUUUCGGAAAUCAUUAGUACCCCGGUUGGGAAGGUGGCUCGAUCCAAUAGCGUUGACGAAUUGGCCACACCGGUUACUAGCCGGGUUACAUCAACGAAUGCCAAUGGAGUCCUCUACACUCCAAGAACGACGAGAGGCGUAGCAGUGGCCAAUCCCCGUCAUCGGCGGUCUCGCUCCACGGGCGAACGUUGGCUGGAACACCGUGCCGCAAAUCCAGUACCACUGGGAACGAUUCUACAGCCCUACUACACCAAUCGGAAGUCGGUUACCAAACUGAGCGAGGCUCGGGACGUUACCCACGCUAAAGCCUCCAAGUACUGCCUCAUUUCUCAGGAGGCUGAUACCGAGGGGGAAGUCGAGACAAAAAUUUUCAAAGGUGACGUGAUUCCGACAACCGGAGGCGGUGCCCAGGUGAUCUUCAACGACGUCGAAUGCCUCAAGCAGUAUUCUCCCACCAAGAGUCCAGGAGGGCGAAAGCGGUGCAGCGAUUACAAUGCACCCAGUGCGCCUCCUCUGGCGGAAAUACCAACCACCAGUUCCAAGUGCAGUACGGCAAUCGAAGGCCACGGGGGAAGUGGUGGAAAGCGAUCCAAACAUUAAGCAUUUCUUUUUAUUUCAGUGAGACUCUUUUUCUUUUUGUAAAUAUUAUUUACUGAUAUUUUUUUUUACAUUCUUUACAAAUAUUAAAACGAUAAAAACUUUGUUGUGGAAUCAUAAGUGAGACCCUAUUUGGACCACGAAUUUAAAUGUUAAUACAAACAAACCUGAGGAAUUUGAAUUGUUUUUUGUUUUUUUUUGAGAAAAUAAAGUCUCAACGGUUAUAAAAAAACACUUUUCUCACUUGAUUGAAUAGAAUUAAGUUUGGUCAUCUGCUAAAUACUUAAAAUUGAUUGUCAGAAUCCUCAGGAAAGUCAAAAUUGAAGAAGUUGAAGAAUUGCUUUGUCGAAGAGAAAAACAACCUGACAAUUCCGGUUUGCGCAAUCUUGAGAGUCGCGCUUCAAGAUCACCAAAUAGUGGACAACAGAAUUUUUUAAUGCCUUAAGGGAUGAAAAUCCCGGAAAAAAAAUGUUUUUAAUGCCUUUGGCCUAAAACAAUCUCGAUGACUUUUUCUUCUAGUUAAGCAGAAACUAUAAGGGCAAUGGAUCGAUGGAUGAAGCGUAAGAACAUUUAAUUACUUGUUACUGGUUUAUUUGAAUCUUCUUUGUAUAACGAAUCUUAAAUAUACAUGACAAAACUAAUUCUGCUA